AUGCUGCGUCCUAUUACUCGAAUAUUCUUAACGGUAGGAAAACAGCCCUGCAGAUUUCUAUGUGCAUCGCGUGAAGCGAAUGAUGACGAGACCAAGCCAUGGCUCAAUCCGUGGGAUCACGCAGUUCCAAAGACUUCUUCAACGACUACCUCGUUUGAAGAGAUUAUGAUCGACUGGUCGUAUGUUGAAAGGUUGAUGCCUUACGACGUCGUUCCACCACUGCCCAAACACGAUUCUUAUCCGACACCAAGUGGAUGGCAGCCACCGCAAGAUCCCCCACCAAAGCUACCUUAUUAUGUUCGAAGAAAACGAGAUCAUACAUUACCUUUGUACCUGAGUCGGCGUAGGGACCUACUUAAUGAGAAAACACUAGACUUUGACUAUGUGGAGCUUGUAACAAUGAAAGAGAUCGAUGGUGAUGUUUUUGCUUGUGAGAGAGAUCUCCGUGAAUUCCUUGAAAAGGAGCUGUGUAAACCCAUUGCAACGCAUGUUGAUGAGUUGAAGGGUAGAAUAGUGAUCAAGGGCGCUGACCGAGCGAUUAUCGAGAAGUUCUUAUUCACAAAAGGGUUUUAG